UCCAUACCGCUCCAAAAACCCCGUCAUUUGACAUCGGCCACUCGAACAAGUACCAUCAAAUGCGCCUUAUCUCUUCAUUCCUUAAAAUGCCAUCCAAUUUCCCCCCUCACUAAUCCCCAAAAUCCCCGAAAAUGGACAGCAACUACGUCCAAAUCAAGGACAUGCGUCCAGGCUUGAAAAACAUAGCCGUAGUGUUUAUCGUGUUGGAGGUGGGCCACCCAACAGUGACGAAAGAAAACCGCGAAGUUCGAACUUUCAAAGUGGCCGAUCAAACGGCGUGUAUAAACGCGAGUGUGUGGGACGAAGCGGGACAACUUUUAGUCCCCGGAGACAUUGUGAGACUCACCAAGGGCUACCUCUCCAUCUGGCGCAAUUGUCUCACUCUCUACACCUCGAAAGGGGGCGAUUUGCAGAAAAUCGGAGAAUUUUGCAUGGUUUUCAACGAACAAUUGAAUAUGAGUGAGCCCAAUCAGGCGUUCCCGCAGGCGCCCCCAGUGUGUGGGCCCCCGAAUAACCUCCCGUUGAACAAUGGGACGAAUAAUGGGGCUGGGAGGAUAGGGCCCCCAGCACCGGUUACCACCGCGACGACGUUGAUGAACAACACAGCGGGGCCGAUCAAGACAGCGCCAGCGACGAAUAGAGGCCCCCCGCAGGAUAGUCAGAAGAGGCAGAGGGGCUCCAGGGGCGGGCAACAUAGGAAUAGGCACAAUAGGGCUAAUUGAACUGUGGACUUGUACGAAUUAUUGUUGAUAAAUGUUUAAAUUUUUUAAAGAAUGGCGAAGAUUAAUGUUAAUUUUGUUUGAUACAAGGCGUAUAAAUGUAAAUAUACCAUAAGAAAUAUA